AUGGGUUUGCACAGAAGACUUUCCAAAGUAACCAAAGGAUCACCUGUUAUGAAGCAAAGAACCAGAAAUUAUGAUCAUCAUUUUUCCUUUGUGAGGAAACAGGAAGAAGACUGUGUGCUAACCAUGAUCACUUAUGUGGGACUGAGCCUAUCUCUGCUGUGUCUCUUUCUGGCUGCCCUCACCUUCCUUCUCUGCAGCACCAUUCAGAAUACCAGCACCUCCCUCCACCUGCAGCUCUCCCUGUGCCUCUUCUUGGCUGAUCUCCUCUUCCUCACAGGAAUUAAACAAACCAAGAAUAAGGUCCUUUGUUCCUCCAUUGCAAGUUUAUUACAUUAUUUCUACCUGGCCUCUUUCACCUGGAUGCUGCUGGAAGGUCUGCAUCUCUUUCUCACUGCCCGGAACCUGAUGGUUGUCAAUUACACCAGGAUGACCCAGUCCCUGAGGAAGGUCAUGUAUCCUCUGGGCUAUGGAAUUCCAGCAGUGAUUGUGACUACUUCUGCAGCAUCAGGAGCACCUCUUUAUGGAACUUCUUCCAGCUGCUGGCUCCAUCUGGAGAAAAGAUUUCUCUGGGCUUUCCUUGGACCAGUCUGUACCAUAUUCUGUGUAAACUUAGCUCUCAUUCUCCAGGUCCUUUGGGUGUUACAAAACAAACUUUCCUCCCUCAACAAUGAGAUGCCCACUCUUCAGGACACAAGGUUGCUGGCAUUUAAAGCCAUGGCUCAGUUGUGCAUCCUGGGCUGCACCUGGUGUCUGGGCGUUCUGCAGAUGGGCCCAACUGCACAGAUCAUGGCUUAUCUCUUCACUAUCAUCAACAGCCUCCAGGGAGUCUUUAUCUUUCUGGUGUACUGUCUCCUCAACCAUCAGGUUCGGGAACAGUACAAAAAAUGGUUCAUGACCCUCAGGGGGAAAACCUCCAGAUCUCAAUCUCUCGAGCUCUCGAUCAAUAACAUCCCUGACUCCAACAGCGAGAACUAUGAAGAAAAUGUCAAUAACAAAAAUUUUCCAGUCCCUAGGGAAAGUCCUGCCCAUUCAUAUAGAACCCCUGGACUGCCACCAGCCUGAUCUCAUGAGAAGUGGGAUGGAGAAGAUUAAAGAAUAUUCCGGUCAACUUUAGUGUCCAUGUAUGCUUGAGGGGUGCUAUGGGGGAGAGGGAGAGGAACUUAGAGAAUGUUUAACCUUCCUCUUGAAGAAGAGAAGAGAUAGUGUCCUUCUGUGCCCUUCCUCAAAUUGGAAGUUCUGGGAAAAACUCAUGAAAGAGAGAAGGAGCAGAGGGAGGCAGAAGCCAAGGCAUGGCAGUGAAGUCAAGAAUCCUACUCAUACCCUGCCAAACCCCAGACUUGGCUCAACACUGUGGUUCUGUAUGGUCUCUCACCUAUGGGUUUCUAUGACACUGCUCUUUCUCUCUUUUUGGAGUUACCAUUUAUUUAUAUGUUUCACAUAUAACAUAAUAUAAUGUAUAACAACAUAACAUAAAAUUAUAAUGUGUAGGAUUUAUUAUAAAUAUGUAAUAAGUUAUAAUAAAU